AUGUCGGCAGGCCAGCACGACGCCAAACUCAGCGCGAGCGGCGCACACCGCGUGCCCGCGAAAACGUUUAUGGAUGGAUUACAUACGUUGGAGGAUGUACGCAAGUAUGCGCACGUUGGAUUUGAUGGGAACCUCUACCCUCCGACAUUUUAUCCGGCAGAAGUAAAUAAGCUUCCGCGCGCUCGUGCGGCGUUCCUUGUCCUUGCGAGGAACAGCGAUGCGGACGACUUGCGUGAGACAAUGCGUGCGGUGGAAGACAGGUUUAACCGCAAAUUUGGUUAUCCAUGGAUCUUUUUGAACAAUGAGCCGUUCGAUGACGACUUUAAAAAUGAGAUCAAGCGAUGGACGCGUGCCAAGGUAGAGUUUGGUGUGAUUCCCAAGGAGCACUGGAGCUAUCCCGACCACAUCGACCAGGUGCAUGCGGCUGCGCAGCGCGAGAUGCUGGAAGAAAACGAUGUGAUUUAUGGCGGCUCUGAGUCCUACCGCCACAUGUGCCGCUUCAACAGUGGAUUCUUUUAUGAUCAUCCGCUCACCCAGAACCUUGACUACUAUUGGCGUGUGGAGCCGGAGACCAGGCUAUAUUGCGAUAUUGACUACGACCCUUUCCUUUUCAUGUAUCUGAAUAACAAAAAGUAUGGGUUCACUAUCACCAUCCAGGAGUUUGAGGAGACGAUUCCCACACUCUGGCCAAAAACCCGCGAUUUCAUUGCGGACCAUCCGGAAUAUAUUGCCAAGGAUGAUGCGCGCUGGUUCAUCACCGACGAUGGCCCUGAUGGCAGUUUUGACCAGGACUACAACCUGUGCCACUUUUGGAGCAACUUUGAAAUUGCCGACCUCAACUUCUUCCGCGGCAAGGCGUACCGCGACUAUUUUGAAUUUCUCGAUAAAGACGGCGGUUUCUUCUAUGAGCGAUGGGGUGAUGCGCCUGUGCACAGCAUUGCUGCAUCUCUCUUCUUGAAUCGCUCAGAGCUGCACCACUUUGAGGAUAUCGGGUACUUUCACCCCGGCGCCACGCACUGCCCUGCAAACAAGCGCUUGUUCCACGACACGGGCAAAUGCCUCUGCAAGCCCGACGAGUCAGAUGACUUGGACGAGUAUCUAUGCAUGCGGCAAUGGUGGCGCACGUCCAUAGAAGGAGAGCCAAAGCGCGACUAA